UCUCCUCGUCCUCUUCCUGAGCAGCAGCCUCGGCGUCCCCUUCCUCCUCCCUCCCUGCCUGGCUGCUGACGCGAUUAGUGCGCGAGGCCCGGCAGAGAGAGAGAGAGCGAGAGAGAGGCUCGGAGGGGGAGGGGCCACGGCGGCGGCGGCGGCGGCUGAGGACAAUCAGCGACGAAGGCAGCGGCGGCGGCGGCGGCGCUGGCGCCGUUGUUUCCUGAGGGGCAGCGCUUGGGCCGCGAGGGAAAACAAAGGGAGCGGGAGUGGACGCGAGGCGGCCCGCGAUGAGGCGCGGAGCCGUGGGCCGAGGAAGGGAGCGCGGCAGGGGCUGCGGCGGCGCCGAGGCCUGGCCCUUCUGAGGGGAAGCGGGGGCCGCGGAGGAUGUGAGGCCUAGGCGCUGGGAGCGGCGGCGUUGGCGGCGUUGGGCCUGGUGCCGCGGGCGGGCGGGCGAUGGAGACGCACAUCUCGUGCCUGUUCCCGGAGCUGCUGGCCAUGAUCUUCGGCUACCUGGAGGUGCGGGACAAGGGCCGCGUGGCGCAGGUGUGCUCCGCCUGGCGGGACGCCGCCUACCACCGCUCGGUCUGGCGCGGCGUGGAGGCCAAGCUGCACCUGCGCCGCGCCAACCCCUCGCUCUUCCCGAGCCUGGCGGCCAGGGGCAUCCGGCGCGUGCAGAUCCUGUCCCUGCGCCGCAGCCUCAGCUACGUCAUCCAGGGCAUGGCCGAGAUCGAGAGCCUCAACCUCAGCGGCUGCUACAACCUCACCGACAACGGCCUGGGGCACGCCUUCGUGGCCGAGAUCUCCUCGCUGCGCGCCCUCAACCUCAGCCUCUGCAAGCAGAUCACCGACAGCAGCCUGGGCCGCAUCGCCCAGUACCUCAAGGGCCUGGAGGUGCUGGAGCUGGGCGGCUGCAGCAACAUCACCAACACGGGGCUCCUGCUGGUCGCCUGGGGCCUCCAGCGCCUCAAGAGCCUCAACUUGCGCUCCUGCCGCCACCUCUCCGACGUGGGCAUCGGGCACCUGGCCGGCAUGACGCGCAGCGCCGCCGAAGGAUGCCUGGGCCUGGAGCAGCUCACCCUGCAGGACUGCCAGAAGCUCAGCGACCUCUCCCUCAAGCACCUGGCCAGGGGCCUCACCCGCCUGCGCCAGCUCAACCUCAGCUUCUGCGGAGGCAUCUCCGACGCCGGGCUGCUGCACCUGUCGCACAUGGGCAGCCUGCGCAGCCUCAACCUCCGCUCCUGCGACAACAUCAGCGACACGGGCAUCAUGCACCUGGCCAUGGGCACCUUGCGCCUCUCUGGGCUGGACGUCUCCUUCUGCGACAAGGUGGGCGACCAGAGCCUGGCCUACAUCGCCCAGGGCCUGGACGGCCUGCGCUCCCUCUCCCUCUGCUCCUGCCACAUCAGUGACGAGGGCAUCAACCGCAUGGUGCGCCAGAUGCACGGCCUGCGCACCCUCAACAUCGGGCAGUGCGUCCGCAUCACCGACAAGGGCCUGGAGCUGAUCGCGGAGCACCUCAGCCAGCUCACGGGCAUCGACCUCUACGGCUGCACCCGCAUCACCAAGAGGGGGCUGGAGCGCAUCACGCAGCUGCCCUGCCUCAAGGUGCUCAACCUGGGACUCUGGCAAAUGACUGAGAGCGAGAAGGUCAGGUGAGAGGAGGGGACAACCGAGACCCCCACCCACCAACCCAGCCACCCCUCUGGAGGGACUUAUCGACUGACAGCUGCAACACAGAGGAAACAGAGAGAGAGAAAGGAGGAUAUCUCUCUAGUACUAGAGAGAGGAAAAGGGGUGGGUGGGAGAAGGGGAAAGCAGCCUCAAUACUUGCUUGCCUGCCGCCCCCCCACCUGCCUGCCCAGCAGCGGAGGGAGGGCCGCCGUCCUUCAUAAUUCCCUCAUUUUGCACUGGAGGGAGACAGCUGCACUCUUUAUUAUCAGCCUUCACUGUGGAUGGAUACAGUAUCACUGUCCUUACCUUUUCCUAUUGGGAAUGCAGCUUCUCAAUUCUUAUGCACUGGGGAUGGAUAGCACCCCUUUCUCCAAGUUCCAGCCCCUUCUGCACUAGGGAUGGAAGCCGGCGUGAGGAGGGAGGGAACCAGCCCUCCGCUCUUUAUUAUUAGUUCUCCCUCAUACCCUCUCUCUCCACUGAAGACCUCCUCUUUCUUAAGCAGACUUUCUUUCCCAUUCCUUUUUUUCCAUUAUGGUUCUCAUCCAGUCCCCACAAUGCUAUUUUUAGUCAGCCACCUUUUUCUUUGUAUAGUGUGUAGACAACCCAUAGGAACACAGGAGGCUGCAAUACACAAAGUCAAACCAUUGGUCCUUCUAGCUCUGUAUGAAAUGGCAGCAGGUCUCUGAGGUCUCAGACAGGAGGUCCCUCCUUCUGCCCAGUUCUGUCAUUCUACCUUGUCCUAUCCUCUACUUUCUCUUUUCCAAGAUACAGCCGUGUUAGUCUGUAGAAUCAGAGAUGUAGAGAGAUCUUAUUGUACCUUUGAGACUAACUGGAAGACGUUGGCAGCAUAAGCUUUCGUAGACUAAAGUCUAC